AUGAACCGGACAUACCCCCAGGUGAGAAGUAUGGAUGCUUCCUCAAUGGGCUCUACAGUGUCAAUGCUCUCCAGGGAUGAGAAGGAUGCCUGUUGUGGCUGCAGUAGAAGAUGUGUGUGCAUCAUAGGGGUGACAUUAAUCAUCAUGAUGAUCAUCGCUGCUGCCAUCUUGUGUGCGGUUCUGCUCGCCAUCCCUGCUCGUACCCCAGAAAGUCGCUACUGUGUCACCUCAGAUAACUACACUGGAUUCCUUUGCGAUGACAGGAGAACGUGUCUGCUGCCAUCCCAGGUCUGUAACUCUGCAAGUGACUGCGGCAAUGGGGAGGACGAGGCCACUUCACUAUGCAGUAACCUGCCCGAUAAUUUACCAGGAUAUUUAAUAUUUCGGUGUGGAAAUCCUCAAAACUGGAUCUACAGCAACUUCAAGUGUAACGGCAUCAAUAAUUGUGGAGAUUGUUCUGACGAGUCUAAGUCAUUUGCAUCUUGUUCUAUCUGUGACAGUUCCUCCUGGUGGCCCUGUACCCCAGUCCUUUACCAGUACUGCUACUGCAUCCCCACUUCUUUGUGUCGCAACGGAGUCCAAAACUGCGUAAACUGGUCUGAUGAGUAUCAAUGCAACUGACAAGACUUACGACCUACUAUG